UAAAGAAACCUAAAAUCAAAAAUCAAAAAUCAAAAUCCGGAAACUUGACUCGUUUAUCCUCUUCUGCAAUGGCGAAAACCCUAGACAAAUCUAAGAAGCGCAAACUAGUGAAAUCCAAUUCCAAGAAAAUCGAUAAGAAGCAGAAGAUUAUCAAUAAAUCUGCUCAUCAUCAACAGCAACAACCUGAAUCCUCGACGCCGUAUUCGAGUUCCAGCUCAGACUCGGAUUCUAGCGGUUCUGAACCGGAGAAAGAAUUCGACCCGGAAGAGCUCCGGGAGCUUCUGCAACCCUACUCCAAGGAGCAGCUCGUCGACCUCGUUUGUUCCGCCGCGCAGAUCGGUUCCUCGAUCUAUUCAGCCGUCGUAGAAGCCGCCGACCGUGACGUCACCCACAGGAAAAUCUUCGUUUAUGGUCUUCCAUGGGAGACCACGCGCGAGACUCUUUUCGGAGUCUUCCAAGGCUAUGGCGAGAUCGAAGAGUGCACCGUCGUUAUAGAUAAGGUCACGGGCAAGGCUAAAGGUUUUGGAUUUGUUAUGUUCAAGACGAGGAAAGGAGCAAGAGAGGCGCUUAAGGAGCCGAAGAAGAGGAUUCUUAAUCGAACAGCGACAUGCCAGCUUGCUUCGAUGGGGCCUGCGGGGUCGGGAAAGGGGCAUGACCAGACGGGUCCGGUGAAGAUCAGUUUAGGUUCGAUGGCUAAUCAGGGUCAGACGCAGCAACAAGGGCAACAUGUAUUUAACGGUGGUGGAAUGGCUGCAUCGCCGUUUAUGCUAGGGAACCAAUACCAUCCGGUUUAUGGAAACGGAAUGUUGGGGAAUCCAGCUUUGGCAGCAGCCGCCGGAGGAAGUUACAUGUAUCCGAUGUUGGCGAGUGCUCUGACUCAUGGUGGGCUGAGCCAUGAUUUGUUGCAAUCGAGCCAAAUGGGUGGUAUUGGUGAGCCAGGCGUUGGUGCUGGUCUAUCAGCUCUGGGAUCUUACUUUAGAGGUCAGAAUCUGCCUAAUGCUUACCCUGAUUCGGAUACCGGGAAAAGAGGGAAUGGUAAAGAUUCGGAUGCUGGCGGCUCGUUUCAUGGCUACUCAAACUAUUCCUGAUGGUGUGAGCUGAGCAUCAGAAAGAUAAACACAUGCAGUUUCUGGGAUUUCUUUUUUAACAUUUCUUCCCCAUCUCCGUUCUCUUCUGUUUCACUUUGUAUUUCUGAUAUUCAUAUCAAGUCAGUGUUUUUAGGUUUUUUUCGGAUGUUUUCUUUUUCGGUUUUCUCCCCAUUAGUUUCACUUUUGUCCGAAACACUUCAGACAGAGACGUGUCUAUUGCUCAUAUAAUUCCCAGUCUUAGUCUAGUAAGAUCAUUGUGAUUAUUGGUUGACGACCUCUGUGCAAUCUAUGAAAAAGUUUUUAUUUAA